CUCGUUUCUCCACGAGCGCUCUCGCAAGCUCUUUUGCUCCUCUCCAUAUCUCGCCGCCGCCGCCACCCAUGUCCGGUUUCGCGCGGCGCCUCGCCGGCCUCCCAUGGCGCCAGAUCGCCGGGGAAGCCUUCGACCGCACUCUCUUAGCCGCGCAGGCCUUCUGCGCCGUCCACGUCGUCCACACCCAUGUCUUCUCCCUCGCCUACCCCCAAGGACCGAGCAUGCUCCCGGCGUUGAACCUGAUGGGGGACGUGGCCGUCAUUGACAGGCUGAGCGCGCGGUACCGGUGGGUGGCGCCCGGGGACGUCGUGCUCCUCACCUCGCCCGAGGACCCGCGCAAGAAGAUCGCCAAGCGGGUGCUCGGGAUGGAGGGCGACGCCGUCACAUACCUCGUCGACCCCGAGAACAUCGACACCUCCAAGACCGUGGUGGUACCACAAGGUCAUAUUUGGGUGCAGGGCGACAAUACUUUUGCAUCUACGGACUCAAGGACAUUUGGACCUGUGCCUUAUGGUCUUGUAGAAGGGAAGAUGUCCUAUCGGAUUUGGCCACUGAAGAAGUUUGGUUUGAUUGAUCCCAAGAUGUAGCACACUACAGAAUUUGUGAAGUGAGAGACAUUUUUGAGGACACCUACAUACAUGUGACACAAGCGAGACCCCACAUUUGUGGAUGCAUCUUGACGUCUAUCAUGUGAUACUUCACAGUUUUGGUCCUUGUCUUCUGGAAGUCUCAUUCAUCCAAUCUAUCAUACAAUAGCCGCCCGUUGUAAUUUAUGGUCAGUCAAUUUUUGUAUAGAUUUGAACAGGAAGGAAGUUUCGGGCAUGGUUGCAUGUAACAUGGAGAACCGAACUAAACUUCUCGUUUCCUGUAAGGAAACUGUACUUGUGCUUUAAACCUUUGCUUAUUGAGGCCAUUUAUAGCUGAAGGAGCUGGCAUUA